AUGAAUACAAAUUGUGAAAGUUUUUUAUUUUCUGCUGAUACCAAUAUUACAAAUAAUGAUCAAUUAAAUAAAAAACAAAAACUAGGUGGCCCAAAUUUUGAUAAAAUUUGGCAAUAUUUUAUACAAGGCAAAAAUAAAGGUCAGGGUUAUUAUGAAGCAAAAUGCCACUACUGUAAGUCUUUUUGGGCAUGUGGCAGACCAUGUCAAAUAAAAGCUCAUCUAGCAAAUUAUUGUGAAGAAUGUCCUGAAAAUAUUAGCAAUUAUUGGUGGCAAAAAUUGGCAGAUGAAAUUAAUAAUUAUACUCAAAAUACUCAUGAAUCUUCUUCUGAACCUCUUCCACUUGAAAUUAUUAAUCAAAUUGAUAAAUCCCUUAUUAAAGCUUGGGUCAUGGCUGGGUUUCCAUUUGAGACAAUUGAAAAUCCUUUUGUAAAAGAUUUUCUAAGAAAUUUAAAUUCAAAAUAUACUUCACCAUCAAGAACAACUCUUUUUGAAU